AUGGCCGACAACAACAACAACGAAGAAGCUGGAGCAGCAGCUCCCCAGGAGCCCCAAGCUAGGGUCGUUCUCUACUGCGGAGGUAAGAUCUUCGAUUGGCAGUUCUUCUUUGGAUCCCUUCCCCCACCCCUUGAUGUCCGAUUUGCAAUGCUGAUGAGGUGCGUCGGUGAUGGUGGUAGUGUGUACAUUACCCCCGGAGUCAAAAAGUACUGCGAGUUCGGCAGCUCCGCAAAGAAGUGCAAAGAAUGGCUCGAAGAGAAUCACCCUGACCUUGUGGCCUCGGUUUACAACACUGAAGCCGUCGAAGCUGCAAUGUCUCACCUAACCGUGGACGCCCUUGCUCGCGCAGAAAAGGCUGAGCAGGCCGCGGAGAAGAAGGCAAUCAAGGAAACCGCGAAAGCUGAGCGCGAGCUCGCUAAGAAGCUCUCGUCAAAGAUUGUCCUCAAGCGGGUUGAGCGUGCGAAGCGCAAGCAUGUGAUUGUCGUUACUGGGCUCGAGGCGUUCGGGCUGGACCUGAAGAAGGUUGCGAAGGACUUUGGCAAGAAGUUUGCGUGCGGGAGCAGCGUGACAAAGGGGGCGGCCGCGGGACAGGAUGAGAUUGUGGUUCAGGGAGACCUGAGUGAUGAUAUACUGGAGUAUAUCGAGGAGAAGUAUCCGGAGGUGCCCGUGGAUAAUAUCGAGCAGGUUGAGGAGAAGAAGAAGAAGAAGAGCGAGGGGCCUUGA